GACUUAUAUGUUUUGGGGUUCCUGGUUAAAGAUGACCUUCUUCACGCCACCUCCUCCCCUCACAACCAGCCGUCUCCACCAAUCACACGCCUCUGUUGACUCAAGGAUGAGGAGGGGAUUGAGGACGAAGAUCAUUUAUUUAUGGGACCCGCACAUCUCUGUCCUACAUCACCUGGCUUGUUGGAGUCAGGCCAGAGUUUGGACAGGUUCAGGGUCUUUGGGACGGUGCUGACUGGCUGAGGUGAAGAUGCUGUGCUCUCUGAUGCAGGUACUUGUGGUGGCGUUGUGUUCCUCCGUGCUGGUGGUCCACGUGGGCGCUGCUCCACAGAUGAACGAACUGACACAAGCCCUGCAAGAAGACUUUAUGAGUGAAAAGGAUCUUACCGACCUGCUCCUCCUGAGGUUCAUGUCCGAACUGAUGGCGUCCGGAGGAGAAGAGCUGCACCACGAGCUGGAAGAGGAUGAGUUCGGAGGAGGCAGGGAGAGGCUGACGAGACGACACAUUCGCUUCGCCCACAGAGCGCGCAAAGCAGGCUGCCGAAACUUCUUCUGGAAGAGUUUCACCUCGUGUUAGGGCGAGGCACGAUAGGACUUUUAAAUUUAUCCUUUUUUAAAGGAUAAAUCCUCUCCUGCAUUUAGAGCAAAUGGCAGCACAGUAACAAGUACACGGAGGUUUAGCCGCUACCAAUGAGCGGUGUCUUAAGAAGCUGUUAUUAUUCAUUUAUUCUGUCAACAUGUUUGCUGUCAUCAUCUCAAUUGUAUAAUUCAACAUAUUUAAAAUCUGCUGAAAUUAAAGAGUCAGAAAUUA